AUGUCCGAUCCUGACUUCGUGAAGCUCGAGCUUCGAACAGCUUAUGGGCCCGUGUACCGUGAUGUGUCCACCAAGGCACCUCGGGAAGCUCACGCAGACGAGAUACCUGUGAUUGAUAUCAGCCCCAUUGAUGGUGAUGCCGAUGCUCGAAAGGCGCUGGCGGAACAGAUAAAGCACGCUGCCAUGAAUACCGGCUUCUUUUAUGUCAAGAACCAUGGCGUCCCCGAAGCUGCCAUUCGAGGUGCUCUCGAGGCGUCCAAAACCUUCUUCGCUCAACCAAUUGAUAAGAAGCAACUCGUGUCCAAGAACCUUGGAAAGUGGUACAACGGAUACUCCGGCAACAUGACAAGCAAAGCCAGUCCGACGGAGGGCUGGGAUAUACGUGAGUCGUUCUCCUGGCGCUAUGAGCCCCAAUACGAUCCGGACCCAAAAGAUCCCAAGGAUGUUCCAGCCGAGGUCUGGCCAUAUAUCAGAGGGGAGAAUUAUGUCUGGGAUGGCACCGAUCAUUUACCCGAUUUCAAGCAGGGUUGUAUCACUUAUUGGCAGGAGUGCUUGAAGCUUGCUCGGAAGCUCGUCCGCAUCUUCGCACUAUGCCUGGACCUUCCUGAAGAAUAUUUCGACAGCCUGACUCAGUACCCUGGAGCGGAUGGCGUCUUCAACUACUACCCAGCCAUGCCAGAGGGUGAGGAAGAGACCAGGAAGGACAUUGGUCUCGGGUCGCACACUGACCUGCAGUGCUUCACUCUACUCUGGCAAGACAUGAACGGUGGACUGCAAGUCCUCAAUAAUGAGGGUGAGUGGAUCAAGGCCACGCCUGUUGAAGGGACCUUUGUCGUCAAUAUCGCCGACUACCUUCAGCGUCUUUCCAACGACAAGCUGAAGAGCACCGUUCACAGAGUGUACAACCGUGCGACUGUUGAUCGAUACUCGAUGCCAUUCUUCUAUGGCUUCCAGUUCGAUCAGAAGUGCGGCGUGCUUCCGACCUGUACCGGACCCGACAACCCGCCUAAGUACGAACCUAUCUCUUGCGGAGACUGGUGUCAGCUUCGGUUCCAGCAAGUCGAUCAAGAGUCCAAGAUGACAGCUUACUAA